AUGACUCAUACCGGUGAGAAGCCUUACAGUUGUCCCAAAUGUGGGAAAAGCUUCUCUCAAUCAUGCAAUAUGAAAAGGCAUAUGAAGACUCAUACCGUGAUAAUCAAUCUUGAAAAACCUUUGGUUUUGUUCGAUCUCGAAAAAUCUCUUUCCAAUUCAUUCAUUGUAUUUUCAUCGACAUCCAUUGUUAAUAUACAAUGUUGUCGCAUAGCGAAUUGUAAUAAUAAUAUUAAUAAUAAUAAUAGUAACAACAAUAAUAAUAAUAAUAGCAAUGAUAAUAGUAAUAGCAAUAAUAAUAAUAGUAAUGAUAAUAAUAGUAAUAAUGAAUCAAAAUUUUGCAUUUAA